AUUUUAAUAGUGAUACCACGGUCUCGACGUCCAUGAGUUAUAUCCCUCCUAUUACACAAUUUAUUUAUUUUAUAGUUGCUUCACAUCAGAAUAAAUUGUUUUUAAUACAUUUAGUCUUAUUGAACUUUGUCGUGAGUGGAAAUAAUGUAAAUCACAUGUGGAACCUGUAGUUAUACCUCCAUAUCAGUGAGUACGAACGAGAACACAGCAGCUCGUUACAUGGAAACUACCACAAUACUUCUCAAAUUAUUUUUCAUUAGAAGAAUCUAACAAAGAUGAAGGCGAUAUUGCUUAUUCUGUCAGUUCUUCCCGCGGUUCUGAAAGCAGCAAAUAUCCUCAUUGUGGCGCCAAUGCCGUUCUACAGCCACACCAACACAUUUAUCCCCGUGUACAAGGAACUGGCUGCCAGGGGGCACAACAUCACAAUGGUGUCUCCCUUCCCUCAAAAACUAGAUGUUCCCAACUGGAGAAAUAUUGCACUUAAUGGAUCUCGUCAGAGUGAGAGAUCCAUUAAAGAGAUGAUCAACACCAAUGCAUACAGAUUUUAUUCAGCCUUGUACAGCUUGUGCAACUAUGUUCUAGAUAUAGCACUUGAUGAUGAAGACCUUCAUAACUUUCUGGACAACGAUAAUACUAAAUACGAUUUAUUGAUCAUGGAACCAUAUUUCUGCCAAGAGCCCUUCAUCACCUUAGGCCACAAAUUUAAUGUUCCAGUUAUUGCUGUUCAUGCAAUGUCCCUCACCCCUUGGUAUUCCUUCCUCACCGGUAACGAAGUAUCACUCCACUUACAGCCAAAUUUGCGUUCACAGUACAAGAAUCGUAUGACCUUUUUCGAAAGACUAGAUAACUUUUUCAUCAACCUAUUCGAAAUGGGCGUAGGUUACUUUCACUAUAUACCACACCAGCAAUACCUGAUGGACAAAUUCUUUAAGUAUCCUGGCUCUGAAAACCGCCCUCCGAUAUUGAAUAUGUUGAGGAAUGUUUCGUUGAUAUUAGCUGACUACCACAUGUCUGUCGGAUAUUCAGAACCUUUGCUUCCAAACACCAUUCCAGUUGGAGGACUCAGCUUGAAAAUCGGCGAUGAACUUCCCAAGGACUUGAAUAAUGUAUUCGAAAACUCCAAGGAUGGUGUUAUAUACUUAAACUUCGGGUCUGUAUUGAAUAGUAGAAACAUGCCAGAAGGAGUAUUCGAAACCGUCCUAGCAGCUAUGGGCAAAAUCGACUACCCAGUCCUCAUGAGGUGGGACGUUGAAGACGUUCCAAAUAAACCUAAAAACGUCAUCUUACGAAAAUGGUACCCGCAACCUGCUAUAUUAGCUCAUCCCAAACUUCGAAUAUUCAUAACACACGCAGGACUGCACAGUCUGACGGAAGCAGUGUACCGAGGAGUCCCGGUUUUGUGCAUUCCCGUAUUUGCUGAUCAGAAAUACGACUCCAGAUUCGCUGAACAAGCAGGGUUAGGGAUCACAAUUUUCUUGGAUGAGCUAACAAACGACAGAAUUAUCAACUCGGUUCUUACAAUCAUACAAGAUCCCAGUUACAAAGAGAAUGCUCUGAUACGUUCUAAAGUCGUCCAAGAUAGGCAAAAUACGGCCAUGGAGAGCGCUAUAUAUUGGAUUGAAUACGUUAUAAGGCAUAAUGGAGCAAAUCACCUAAAACCAGCAAGGAUUGAGUUAUCACUCUACCAAGUUCUUGGACUAGACAUAUUUUUGUUUUUAUUAACCAUCGCUCUUCUUCCCAUAAUUUUGCUGUCAUUGCUGAGGAGAGUAAAGAUACCUAAAACGAAAAAGGACUGACACGUUUUGGGAAUUCAAACGGAAAAUAAUUAAGACGACUGUUAACAUAGUUGUUUUGUGAGAUAGUGUUUUUAUAUCUGAAGCAUGGAAAUAAACAAG